AUGUUGAAAGAAACCCUCGCAGCGGGCGUGGCGUACCUCCACGAGGGCGUGGAGCCCGGCGACAGGCGCGUGGUGCAGCAACUGCUGGAGUCGGGCGCCAUCCAGCUGUGCGUGGUGGCUGUGGAGCUGGCCUGGGCUUUUGCUGCGCACGUGCACACCGUCAUCAUCGCCGACACGCACGCAUACAACGGCAAGCUCCACUCCUACGAGCAGUACCCUUUAACGACGGUACUUCAGAUGGCCGGCCGCGCGUGCCGCCCGUUAGAAGACGAGGGCGCUGUGUGCGUGUUGAUGUGCGCUCAGCACCAGAAACCGUUGUACAGCAAGCUGCUGAACGACUGUCUGCCGCUGGAGAGCCACCUCGACCACCGUCUCCACGACCACAUAAACGCGGAAAUAGUGACGAAGACCAUCGAGAACAAACAGGACGCUGUGGACUACCUGACCUGGACCUUCCUCUACCGGCGGCUCACCAUGAAUCCGAACUACUACAACCUGCAGGGAGUCACGCACAGGCACCUGUCAGACCACCUGUCAGAGCUAGUGGAGACGACGCUGUCAGACCUGGAAGCGUCCAAGUGCAUCGCGAUCGAAGACGAAAUGGACGUGCAACCGCUUAAUUUGGGAAUGAUUGCUUCGUACUACUACAUCAACUAUACUACCAUCGAAUUGUUCAGCAUGUCUCUCACCAACAAGACCAAGAUCCGGGGUCUGCUGGAGAUCAUAUCAGCAGCCGCGGAGUACUCCGACCUGUGCAUCCGGCACCGCGAGGAGAACAUCAUCAAGGCGCUGGCCAGCAAAGUCCCCCAUAAGCCGACCGCGCCGUCUGGCGGCGCUGUGAAAUAUAAUGACCCCCACGUGAAAGCACAAGUGUUGCUUCAAGCGCAUUUAUCUCGGAUGCAACUGCCGGCUGAAUUGCAUGCUGACACUGCGCAAGUGUUGGUUAAGGCCAUCCGCCUCAUCCAAGCAUGCGUCGACGUGGUCUCCAGCUCAGGCUGGCUGUCUCCAGCCGUGGCCGCCAUGGAGCUGGCCCAGAUGGUGACCCAGGCCAUGUGGGCCAAGGACUCGUACCUGCGACAACUGCCGCAUUUCACGCCCGAGCUGCUGCAAAGAUGCGCGGACAAGGGCGUAGAGACGGUGUUCGACGUCAUGGAACUGGAAGACCAGGCGCGCGCCAAACUGCUGCAGUUGGAACCGAGUGAGAUGGCUGAUGUCGCUCGCUUCUGCAACCGGUAUCCCAACGUGGAGUUGACUAUUGAGGUGAAGAAUGAGCGCCGCUUAGCGGCCGGCAAGCCGAUCGUGGUGGAGGUGUCUUUGGAGCGCGAGGACGAGGUUCAAGGGCCCGUCAUAGCGCCCUACUUUCCUCAGAAACGCGAAGAAGGCUGGUGGGUGGUGAUCGGAGACCCCAAAACCAAUACUCUACUAUCCAUCAAGCGCGUGUCCCUCGGUCGAGCGGCCAAAGUCAGACUGGACUUCGUAGUAGGAGUAGGAGGAAGGCACACCUACACUCUGUACUUCAUGUCGGACGCUUAUCUCGGGGCCGACCAGGAGUACAAGUUCUCUAUAGAUGUGGCUGAGGCUGCUUCUGAUUCCAGCGACGACGAAUAGUGCAUUAAGUUUACUUGUUUGGAAAAUAAAUAAAUA